UGUAAAAUCAGAAAGGGUAGCUGUUAGGAGACGACUGACUGCGGAUUCGGUAAAAUGAAAGGGAAAGAAUUGGAUAAUUUCGUUUUACCCAACACCGGGUUUAGAUAACGAUGAUAAGUGAAGAGUUGGGUGUUCCUUACAGUUGAGAAAGAUUGUUUUCCUUGUACGGUAAAGGAAAACACUACUUUGGAACAGUGACUCAAGUGAUACUGUUUGUAAUAGAAAUAAAAAGGUGUCGUAUUGAUAUGGUUAAACAAUGUCCACACGAUAAGGUCAGUCAACUUGGAAAUUUUCCACAUUGGCGGCUUCUAUAAAUUAUCUCCAGGAAGGAGAGUUGGUCAGCAGUCAUUUCCAAUGGAUCAUUUGAAGGAGGCUGGAAUUGGUAUAUUCAUUGCAUUCUCUUAUCUGGGUGCGGGCACAAACUCAAGAAGCUCAUCUCUUCAUUUCACCACUCAGACGUGAGCAGCAGAGGAAGUAAGCAGCAAUUCAGUUUAUGCUUCUUCUCCGUCUCCUCUUUUCUUUCUUAUCUAAGAGCAGAGAGAUUUCUUCCAUGGAAAUUGUGGGUCCUCUGACUCAGGUAAUUUGUAGCUCAUGCAAAAGUAUUGCUACAAGGGUGAGCAAUGUGGUCAAUGUGAAUCAAAUGGUUCGCUCCCUCACUACUGCACUAAAGGAAUUGAAGGAUAAAAGCGAUGAUUUAAAGAGACGGGUUGGUCGUGCUGAUUUGGAGGGGUUGACCUGCACAAAACAAGUCCAAGGAUGGCUAGAAAGAGUAGAAGUUGUUGAAUCUAAAGCAAGCUUGAUCACAGAAACUCUUGGGCAGCGAAAUGAAUGCUAUAGGUGUUGCUCAGCAAAUUUUUGUUCAAAAUACAAGCUGAGCAAGAAAGUUUCAAAGUUGCAAAGAGAAAUUAAUGAACUUAUUGGCAAAGGAGCUUUUGAUACUGUUGUAGCAGAUAGGUUGUCUCCUGAAGCAGUUCAGGAGGUGCCUAAUAGGCCUGCUGUUGGCCUAUGUAUGAUGUUGGAGAGGGUUAUGCAAUUUCUUUCUGAGGAUGAAGUUGGAACCGUUGGAAUUUACGGAAUGGGAGGCGUUGGGAAGACAACCCUCUUGAAGAGUAUUAACAAUGAAUUUCUUACCACAUCACACUGUUACGAUGUAGUCAUAUGGGUUGUGGUCUCAAAGGAUUUUGCUGCUGAUAAGAUUCAACAGGCUGUUGGGACCAGGUUAGGCUUGUCUUGGGAAGAGAGUGAGAGCCAGCAACAGCGAGCAUUAAAAAUACGUAGAGUUAUGAGAAAGACAAAAUUUCUCCUGUUAUUGGAUGAUGUUUGGGAAGGAAUUGAUCUUCAGAAUAUUGGAAUUCCUCUGCCACAAAAGGAAAAGAAUUGCAAGGUGAUAUUUACAGCACGUUCACUGGAUGUUUGCAGCGACAUGGAUGCUCACCGGAAGCUGAAAGUGGAAUUCUUGGGAGAGGAGGACUCGUGGAAACUCUUCAGUGACAAGGUUGGAGGAAGGGAGAUUUUGGAGUUGGAAUCAAUUCGACCUUAUGCUGAGACCAUUGUCAGAAAAUGUGGAGGAUUGCCGCUUGCCUUAAUCACCAUUGGGAAAGCCAUGGCUAAUAAAGAGACUGAAGAAGAAUGGAAGUAUGCAAUAGACGUACUAAGCAGAUCUCCAUCGGAACUUAGAGGUAUGGAAGAUGUGUUUACUCUUCUAAAAUUUAGCUAUGACAAUCUGGAGACUGAUACAUUGAGGUCAUGCUUCUUAUACUGUUCUCUGUACCCUGAAGACUACUCUAUUGAUAAAGAGCAGCUUAUAGAGUAUUGGAUAGGGGAAGGAUUUCUAGACAGCUCUCAUGACAGUAAUGUCCAUAAUAAAGGACAUGCUAUCAUUGGAUCUCUGAAAGUUGCAUGCCUAUUAGAAACUGGUGAAGAAAAAACACAAGUAAAGAUGCAUGAUGUUAUCAGAAGUUUUGCUUUGUGGAUAGCAACUGAGUGUGGAUUCAACAAGGGUUUAUUUCUAGUUGAGGCCAGUAUGGGGCUCACUGCAGCACCCAUAGCUGAAAGGUGGAAGGAAGCUCAGAGAAUUUCGUUGAUGGACAAUGGAAUCACUACUCUAACAGAGUUAUCUGAGUGCCCCAAUUUAUUAACCUUACUGCUUCAAUAUAACAGUGGCUUGAGCAGAAUUCCAAAUGCAUUUUUCGAAUUUAUGCCUUCCCUAAGAGUUCUGGAUUUGUCAUUAACCAGUAUUAGAGAGAUCCCUGCAUCUAUCAACAAAUUAGUUGAGUUGCAACAUUUUGAUUUAUCAGGAACAAAGAUAACAGAAUUGCCUGAAGAGCUUGGAGAUCUGGUGAAGUUGAAGCAUUUGGAUCUGCAACGAACAAGUUCUCUUAGAACAAUUCCACAAAAGGCUGUAGCAGGCCUUUUGCAAUUGAGAGUCCUGAACUUUUAUUAUAGUUAUACAGGUUGGGAAGAUCACAAUUGUGAGGGUGUGAAUGAAGUUGGAAUUGCAGACUUGGAAUGCUUGAAGCACUUGACCACACUUGGAAUAACUGUGAAGGAAUUGAUGACCCUGAAGAGGCUUGAUAAUUUCGGUAGCUUAUUGAAAUGUAUACAGUAUUUGUACAUUAAAGAGUGUAAAGACUUGCUUUAUUUACAAGUAUCAUCAAAUUCCAGUUUUGGCCGAAGUUUGAGAAGGCUUAGCAUCAAUAACUGUUAUGACCUACAUUACUUGCAAGUUGAUAAAGCGGCUGGAGACAAUUGGCUUCCCGCCCUGGAAGUUCUUGCUUUGCAUGGCCUUCCCAGCCUAGCAAUAGUGUGGAAGAAUCCUGUGACUCGAAAAUGUCUGCAAAAUCUUCGUUUCGUAAAUAUAUGGCAUUGCCAUAGGUUGAAGAAUGUUUCGUGGGUUAUACAACUUCCAAAGCUAGAAGUUAUUUACUUGAUGUACUGCAAAGAGAUUGAAGAAAUAGUUACCAGGGACAUGAUACAAAUGGAAGAUUCAGAGGCAUUUCCUAACCUCAAAACUCUUUCUAUACGAGACCUUCCUGAGCUGAAAAGUAUCACUCAAUGGGCAUUGGUUUUUCCUUCCCUGGAAAGCAUUGCUGUGAUUGAUUGCCCGCGGCUGAAAAAGCUACCAAUCAAAACUCAUAAGAACUUGACAUUACCAACAGUGUACGGGAGCAAGGAAUGGUGGGAUGGACUUGAGUGGGAUGAAUGCACCACUGAAUCUGCUUUCCUUCCAAAGUUUAUGUCAAUCUGAUGCACAUCUAUAUGUGUGAUAUUUAAAGGUAUGUCUUGCUUUAGCUGAAAACCUUGCUAUUUCUAUCAAUUUCUCACGUUCUUUCACA